AUGGAUGAUGAAGACUGCAUUGAUGUCUUUAAUCAUCAUUCUGAAGGUGGCUACUUGGCAUUGACUCUGGCGAACGUAGAUAGUGUUGAUGAGGGGAUAUCGAAUAAUGUGGAUGUUAAUGAGGGGGUAUCGAAUAAUGUGGAGUUUGAUGUCACAAAACUUCCAACUGAUCCUGGUCUAAGGAUACCCAUUUUGGAUUACAAUGUUAACAUUCGAGAUGAACUUCAAAGAGCAUAUAUGUUAAAGGGUCCUUGUCAGCCCCAAGAUCAUGACUUUCCAAAACGACAAUUUGGAGUAACAAUUAGACGAUUCAAUCCUUCGUGGUUUAAAGAGUUCGGUAGUUGGUUGGAGUACAGUGUAGAGAAGGAUGCUGCUUAUUGUUUGUAUUGUUAUCUUUUCAUAACAAGUUCUGGAAAGCAAGGUGGAGGUGAGUCUUUUGGUGGCGAAGGUUUUACAUAUUGGAAAGAUAAAAAAAGGCUUCAUACUCAUGUUGGACUUCAUGAUAGUGCACAUAAUCAAGCUCGCAUUAAAUGUGAAGUGUUGAUGAAUCAAGAGCAACAUAUUCAAUCAGUUUUCUACAAACAGUCAGAAAAAGCAAGAAAUGCAUAUGUUACACGCCUUAAUGCAUCCAUUGAUUCCUCUCAUAAUGAAGUUAUCAAUGCCGUCACAUUGGGAAAUGCUCCUCACAAUUGCAAAUUGACAUCACCUGAUGUUCAAAAGGAUAUAGUAAAUGCUUGUGCUAUUGAAACGAUCAAUGUUAUUAUCAAAGAUGUUGGCGACUCACUAUUUUCUAUUCUAGUUGAUGAAUCUUGUGAUGUGUCAAUGAAGGAGCAAAUGUCUAUUGUUUUACGUUAUGUAGACAAUAGUGGGCAUGUCAAUGAACACUUCAUAGGGAUUGAACAUGUUACAAGCACCACGGCUCUAUCACUUAAGGCUGCAAUUGAUUAA